AUGCCCUGGCUCAAAUUCCCACCUUUGAAUGGCUACUUCCAUGGUCUCAAGGCUCUGGUGGCCAAAUCCGAGCAUACUCCCGAGUAUCCCAACCCUGCUCACCAAGCUCCUCUCGGCGAGCCUCCUCUGAAUCAAGAUGUCCCGACACCCAAGCUAUACAAUCCUUACUCCCCCGACUCGAACGCCGAGAUUUGCUACCUUGAUAAGAACAACACUAUUCCGGCCCCCAGUCUAUACGCCUAUGAGGGAGUCCCGCAAUACAUGCCCGACCCGUCCAUUGGUUCCCACUCCAUUUUUGGCAUUCGGGAUGAUGUAUGCUUUGAUCGAUUUGGCCGUUAUGGGCCCUAUGGCUUGGGUUACAAAUUGGUUGAUGGUGGUUCGGACGUUGGAGUUGAUACAGAGAGCUCAGGCAGCGAAGUUGUCUGGGAAAAGACUGGACAAAUCAACUACGGCCAAAUUGACUGGGCCGAGGUGCAGGACCGAUGUGCUACCGCCAACAAACACCGAUUCGCAGAGCCGGACCCGGACACCGACAUGCUCAAGCUCGUUGACGGUAAGAAGGGUCGGAUCGCUAUCGUCAUCCGCUUGUACACCGGCUUUCCGUGGACGCAACUGGUGGUCUUGAACUUCCGGGCCAUGAUCAACGAGCUGGUUCUCAAAUCUGGAGGAGAAUACCACGUCCACUUUCUGCUGCACGUCAAGGACAACAACUUACCCAUUUGGUCCGACGACGUAUCGGUCCAGCAGCUGCUCGACUCCAACGUACCUCCCGAGUUCCACGGCCUGGUGACGUUGUGGAGCGAAGCACAAAUGGAACUCUUCUAUCCCGGCAAAUUCGAAGACCCUAUCGGCAAGCCUCCCAUUAACAACCCCGCCAUGAGAGGCGUUCACGGUGUAUUCCGCAGUGCUCAUCUGCCCCUUCAAGUGUUUGCCCUGCAGCACCCAGAGUAUGAGCAUUUCUGGAACUGGGAGAUGGAUAUGCGGUAUUUGGGCAACUGGUACGAAUUAUUUGAUCGCUUGGGCAGCUGGGCGGACAAGCAGCCGCGUAAACUGCUCUGGGAACGAAACGAGCGCUACUACAUCCCGUCGCAUCACGGCACUUGGGAAAAUUUCACAGAAGCCGUCGAGCAAUAUACGAAAGACUCUGGCAAACCUGGUGUCUUUGGCCCUGUCAAAUUUGACGAAGGAAAGCAGCUACGCUUCGAGCAGCAAGGAGAGUCUGUCAUGCCUAGCUCUUGUGUCGACGAUCCAGAGAACCCGGAAUGCGGUGUCGGCGAGGCAGCGGAUCUCAUCACCCUGAACCCAAUUUUCGACGUGCAUGGCUCUGCUUGGGUUUUCGCAAACGACGCGACGGCCUAUGGCAAGACUCCGCCAAGACGAUGCGCCAUCAUCACGGCAUCGCGACUGAGCCGUCGUCUUUUACUGGCGAUGCACGAAGAGGUGUGGCGCCACCACCACACCAUGUUUUCUGAAAUGUUCCCUCCCAGUGUCGCGUUUCACCAUGGCUUCAAGGCCGUAUAUGCGCCUCACCCCGUCUACCUGGACCGUGCCUGGGAUCCCCUAGGCAGUGCAGUCGACAAGGUCUUCAACGGCGGACGCGACCACUCGACCUCGGCCGUGGGAAGCCCAUUCGACCUGCGCAACGAGCACAACCACAAAGGCGCAACGUGGUACUUCAACAGCGAAUUCGCCGGACUUCUGUGGCGGCGAUGGCUAGGAUACGCUCAGCGUGACACUAGAGGAAAGGAUGGCCACCGUAAAGGCGGAGGCAAGAUCCUCGGCGGGAAACGAGCAGAGGAAAGCGAGGAGAGCAGCGGGCGCAUGUGUCUGAGGAGCUUCCUCGUGCACCCAAUCAAAUUUGAAGCCCCUGAUGAAAAGAAAUUAUGA